AAACAAAGUGGAUAAUAUCUCCCUACCAUACGACCCACACCCUUCUCUCCAACCUCAAGAAAACUAUCUCUACUCCUCACUUUCAGUCUCACUUGCACUAUCACUCCCCUCCACUUCGCUCGCCAUGGCCACCCUCGCCAAGCACCUCAUCCUGUGCUCCACCGCCACUAGCUCCUCCUCGUCUGCCUCGUCCCCCACCUCGGCGCGCCGCCGCGGGACGGCGUCGCAGGCGGACGCGGCGGCGGCGGCGGGGGAGAGGCACCAGCGCGGCGGGCCGCAGUCCGCGACGCGCCGGCUCGCGGUCGCCGCGUCGACGGCGCUGGCUGCGACGGCGGCGCUGUCGGCGCGGCGCCCCGCGGCGCCUCCCCCGGCCAUGGCGGCGGAGGCGGCCGCGGUGCCGCCCCCGCCGCCGGGGCCCGGGACGGUGCCGAGGUGGGGCACGAGGUCGUACGUCAGGGAGCGGUUCUUCGAGCCCGGGCUGACCGCCGAGGAGGCCGCGGCGCGCAUCCGGCAGACGGCGGAGGGGAUGCGCACGCUGCGGCCCAUGCUGGAGACCAUGUCGUGGAAGUACGUGCUGUUCUACGUGCGCCUCAAGUCCAAGUACCUCGACCUCGACCUCACCACCGCCAUGUUCGGCGUCCCCGAGGCCCGCCGCGCCGACUACGUCCGCGUCGCCAACGAGCUCGUCGAUAACAUGACCGAGUUCGAUCGGUUCGUGCGGACGCCCAAGGUGUACGAGUCGUACCUCUACUACGAGAAGACUCUCAAGUCUCUGGAUGACGUGACAGAGUUCCUAGCUUGAUUGUAAAUAUAUCCUAUAUAGGUCUAUAUAUAGGAACUUAAUAAUGUACUACUGUCGUCUUGAAUUUGUAAUCAAAUUUUAAGUUCGUUAAUUAAUCGGAGAAAACGUGAGUAUCAUA